AUGGUUUUGAAUAAAGGUGAUCAUGAUAACAAUGAUGAUGAAGAUGCCUUUGCUAACAUUGCAGAAAAAGUGCUUAUAGACAAUGCAGUGAAAAUAAGUGAUGGGCUUAUUGAAGAACUAGAGCAGUGUCCUGUUCCUGAUGCAAUAGGUCUGGGGCCAAAGUGUGAGACUCUGCAUCUGUUCAUUCCACAGAUACUUCAACUGUUUCCCAAUUGCCAGCAGUUGAAUUGUCAUUAUAAAUGUGCAGUAGUCAGAAAUACCACAAGAUGUUACUGUGAGGAUGGAUUUGAAGUAAAAGAAGAUGGGAGAAGCUGUAAAGAUCAAGAUGAAUGUGCUGUUUAUGGUACAUGCAGCCAGACCUGCAUAAAUACGUAUGGAUCCUAUGCUUGCAGUUGUGUGGAGGGCUACAUAAUGCAGCCAAACAACAGGUCUUGCAAGGCCAAAAAUGAACCUACAGAUAGGCCACCUGUGCUUCUAAUUGCAAAUUCAGAAACAAUUGAAGUUUUUUAUCUUAAUGGAAGUAAAAUGGCAACCCUGAGCUCAGUCAAUGGAAAUGAGAUUCAUACUCUGGAUUUUAUUUAUAAUGAAGAUAUGAUUUGUUGGAUUGAAUCAAGAGAAUCCUCAAAUCAACUCAAAUGUAUCCAGAUAACAAAAACAGGAGGAUUAACAGAUGAAUGGACAAUCAAUAUUCUUCAAUCCUUCCACAAUGUACAACAAAUGGCAAUUGACUGGCUCACCAAAAAUCUCUAUUUUGUGGACCAUGUCAGUGACCGGAUCUAUGUAUGUAAUUACAACGGGUCUGUAUGUGUCACCCUGAUUGAUCUGGAGCUUCAUAAUCCUAAGGCAAUAGCACUAGAUCCAAUAGCAGGAAAACUUUUCUUUACUGACUACGGGAAUGUCGCCAAAGUGGAGAGAUGUGACAUGGAUGGCAUGAACAGAACAAGGAUAAUUGAUUCAAAGACAGAGCAGCCAGCUGCACUGGCACUAGACCUAGUCAACAAAUUGGUUUACUGGAUAGAUCUUUACUUGGAUUAUGUGGGAGUAGUGGACUAUCAAGGAAAAAAUAGGCAUACUAUCAUUCAAGGCAGACAAGUCAGACAUCUUUAUGGUAUAACUGUGUUUGAAGAUUAUUUGUAUACAACCAAUUCUGAUAACUUCAAUAUCAUAAGGAUAAACCGAUUUAAUGGCACUGAUAUUCAUUUGUUAAUUAAAAUGGAAAAUGCUCGAGGAAUCAGAAUCUAUCAAAAAAGAACUCAACCAACAG